AUGGUUCCGCCAGGGCCCGGUCUUGCUCUUAGAGCCCUGGCAACAGCCAAACCAGUUUUGCUAACAGUUGAUUCGGGCGACGGCAAUGAGAUUGAUUUGGGCGGCGACAUUGGCGGAGAUUUGGGCGGCGACAUUGGCGGAGAUUUGGGCGGCGACAUUGGCGGAGAUUUGGGCAGCGGCGAUGGCGGAGAUUUGGGCGGCGGCGAUGGCGGAGGCUUGGGCGGCGGCGAAGGCGGAGGCUUGGGUGGCGGCGAAGGCGGAGGCUUGGGAGGCGGCGAAGGCGGAGGCUUGGGAGGCGGCGAAGGCGGAGACUUGGGAGGCGGCGAAGGCGGAGACUUGGGAGGCGGCGAAGGCGGAGACUUGGGCGGCGGCGAAGGCGGAGACUUGGGCGGCGGCGAUGGCGGAGACUUGGGCGGCGGCGAUGGCGGAGACUUGGGCGGCGGCGAAGGCGGACCUGGCGGGGAGCAAGGCGGUCCUGGCAGGGAGCAGGGCGGUCCUGGCGGGGAGCAGGGCGGUCCUGGCGGGGAGCAGGGCGGUCCUGGCGGGGAGCAGGGCGGUCCUGGCGGGGAGCAGGGCGGUCCUGGCGGGGAGCAGGGCGGUCCUGGCGGGGAGCAGGGCGGUCCUGGCGGGGAGCAGGGCGGUCCUGGCGGAGAGCAGGGCAGUCCUGGCGGGGAGCAGGGCGGUCCUGGCGGGGAGCAGGGCGGUCCUGGCGGCAAGAAGGGCGGUCCUGGCGGCAAGCAGGGCGGUCCUGGCGGGAAGCAGGGCGGUCCUGGCGGGAAGCAGGGCGGUCCUGGCGGGAAGCAGGGCGGAACUGGCGGAAAGCAGGGUGCACCUGGUGGAAAGAAGGGGGCACCUGGCGGCGGAGAGGAAGGCGGGCUCGGCGGAGUGGAAGGCGAGCUCGACGGAGAGGAAGGCGGGCUCGGCGGAGAGGAAGGCGGGCUUGGCGGAGAGGAAGGCGGGCUUGGCGGAGAGGAAGGCGGGUUCGGCGGGGAGGAAGGCGGGCCUGGCGGGGAGGAAGGCGGGCCUGGCGGAGAGGAAGGCGGGCCUGGCGGAGAGGAAGGCGGGCCUGGCGGAGAGGAAGGCGGGCCUGGCGGGGACCAGGGGGGCGUGGGCGGUAAGGGUGGCAAGGGAGGGAAGGGCGGAUCCAGUGGGAAGGGCGGAUCCGGCGGGAAGGGCGGACCCGGCGGGAAGGGCGGACCCGGCGGAAAGGGCGGAUCCGGUGGGAAGGGCGGAUCCGGCGGAUCCGGCGGAAAGGGCGGAUCCGGUGGGAAGGGCGGAUCCGGCGGGAAGGGCGGAUCCGGCGGGAAGGGCGGAUCCGGCGGGAAGGGCGGACCUGGCGGGAAGGGCGGAUAUGGCGGAAAGGGUGGACCUGGCGGGGAGCAGGGGGGUCUUGACGGUGAACAGGGGGGUCCUGGUGGGGAGCAGGGGGAUUCGGGCGGGGAGCAGGGGGGUGCGGGCGGGGAGCAGGGGGGUGCUGGGGCGGAGCAGGGUGGAUCUGGCGGGACCGCUACUCCUCAGCUUGCAGCUCCUCCCUUCACCGCGCUUCCCAUUUCCGCGUUCCCCCGCCCAUCGUCGCGCCACCCCCCGUCGCGCCACCCAUCCUUUCGUCGCGCAUCCUCUCGUGCCUCACCUCCCAUCGUCGCGCCUCCCAUCGCCGCGUCUCCCUGUCAUCGCGCCUCCCUUCGUUUCUCGUCGCGCCUCCGCUCGCCUCGCCGCGCCCCCCUCGCCAUCAGCGCGCUAGCACCCUCGUCGCGCUGCACCUCCGCGCGCCUCCAUUCCCGCUGUCCUUCUCCCACCUUCCCCUCAUUUACUACACUGCUUCCUCUCGCUUUCCCCUCUGCUUCCCCUUGUUUCCCCCCUGCUUCCCCUAAUCCCCCCCACUGA